AUGGUGAUGGCAGUAGUAUUUGCGGUUUUAUUGGCCACAACAAAAGGAGUUGAAAGCCGCAAGGCUUGGAGGGAGAAUGCAGAAGGAGAAUACCUUGAGUACUGCGUCAUAAGUUGCAGGGCCAAAAGUGCUUCUCUGACAGAUUUUGGAGGAGUUGGAGAUGGAACGACAUCCAACACCAAGGCUUUUCAGGAAGCAAUCACUUAUCUGAGUCAGUACGAGUCAGAAGGCGGGUCACAACUCGUUGUCCCUCCUGGUAAAUGGAUAACUGGCAGCUUCAACCUCACCAGCCAUUUCACUCUCCAUCUCCACAAGGAUGCAGUUCUUGUUGCUUCUCAGGAUGAGAGUGAAUGGCCGGUGAUUGAACCCCUUCCGUCUUACGGUCGAGGAAGGGACAACACAGAAGGUGGAAGAUUCAUCAGUCUGAUAUUUGGAACCAAUCUCACUGAUGUUGUAAUAACAGAUUCUUGCACUAAUACCCGAAUCGAGGACUGCUACAUUGUCUCUGGGGACGAUUGUAUAGCAGUAAAAAGCGGUUGGGAUGAGUAUGGAAUUGCUUUCAGGAUGCCCACGAAACAGCUUGUGAUUAGACGGCUGACGUGCAUUUCUCCAUUCAGUGCGGUGAUUGCACUUGGGAGUGAGAUGUCAGGUGGAAUCCAAGUUGUGAGGGCCGAGGACAUUGUUGCCAUCAACUCGGAGUCAGGAGUUCGAAUCAAGACUGCUGUGGGAAGAGGAGGAUUUGUGAAAGACAUAUACGUGAGAGGGAUGACUAUGAAAACUAUGAAAUGGGCAUUUUGGAUGACAGGAAACUACGGAUGCCAUGCAGAUAACGGCUACGAUCCAUAUGCUCUUCCUGUGAUCCAGAACAUAAAUCAUCAUGAGAUGGCUGCUGAGAAUGUGACAAUGGCAGCUGAGUUGGAGGGGAUUCCUGGUGAUCCGUUUACAGGGAUUUGCAAAUCGAAUGUUACGAUUACACUGGCAAAGAAUGUGAAGAAAUUACCGUGGAACUGCACUGAUGUUGCCAGGAUUUCAAGCCGCGUUGUUCCUCAGCCGUGUGAGGCUCUGGCCGACCAGGUUCCAGGCAGUGUUGAAGCAUGCAAUUUUCCAGAAGAGAGCCUGCCAAUUGAUAAUUUUCAAGUCCAGGUGUGCUCUUACAGGAGGAAGCCCUGGCGAUAAAUUGAA